UAGUCUAGUCCGCCAGUAUCGAUGAUAAUGUAUUUAUCAUGUAAUACUCAAUUGGCGCGGAGCUACUUGAUUCGAGUUGGCCAAUUAAUGUCUAUCCACUGAGUGUGUUCUAUUAUUAGUAAAAGUGCAACGGUAAUGCGAAAAUUGGCGAUUGACAAACAAAACUGAAAGUGAAAGUGUUUAGUAGGAGUAUACUGAGUCAAGACCACUCACGCGCACAUGUUGGUUCCAAAUUCAUUCAACAACAUUGUAAAUCAGUGCUAGGACAAGAAAUUGUGACAACAUGGGUUUCAGGUUUGAGCAAAGUGAGCCGAAAAAUGUUGGUCAACCAGAGAGCAGUGAAUGAUGCGAAUAAACACGAUUGACCCCUUUCUGCUACGUAUAACCAAUUUGCCGCAACGCCAUAGCCGUCUGUUUGAACAGAGUACUCAAACCGAUACACAGCACACCAACGACUUGAUUUUUUUCCACAAUGGACCACGAUUACGGAUUCGACCUGGAAGAAGCGAUCAAAAGAGAAGGCCUGUCUAUGUCCGAUCUGAAUGCAUUGCGAACACCUCCAAUAGAAGGAGUACCAACUGAUAUGACCGACAGAUUGUUGGCCUGUUUUCUCAGUGCUUGCAACAAAGAUGUCUCAGAAACCAGAAAAGUCAUCAAAAUUUAUUACCAAGACCGAAGAGAGGCCCCAGAGUUGUUCGAUAACCGCGAUCCGCUGAGUCCUCAAAUUCAGCAGUGCUUCCAAAAUCAGGACUACUUUUUCUUGCCGCCGACACCUUCCGGGUAUUCCGUGAUCUACCAUCGAUUGAGUAGCCCCAAAGCGUCCAAUUACAACUUGGAUGAAGCAGCGAAAACUUACUUCAUGCUGCUUGAAACCUGUAUCUACCAUCACGGUCCCCGCCCGGGUCUGGUUUGCCUGUUCGACAUGAGCAACGUGGGUCUGUCGCAUCUGCUGCGGGUCAAAAUUGGCACCAUUCGGAAAUUCUUCCACUACCUGCAGGAGGGUCUACCGGCAAAGCUGAAAGCCAUCCACAUCUUGAAUGCCGUUUCUUUCUUCGAUAAGGUUCUCUACAUCAUCAAACCGUUCAUGAAUGCCGAAAUUCUAAAAAUGUUAUUUCUCUACACCUCAAAUGGUAGUUUGGAAAAGUUGUAUGACGAGUGGAUUCCUCGCAGUUGUUUGCCAUCUGACUAUGGCGGUGAACUGAAGUCGGUCGAUGAGCUGCACCAAGAGCACCUGAAAACGUUCUAUUCACUGCGACCAUAUUUCAUGGCCGAAGAACGCCAACGGAAAGGAGAGUCCAAAUUAAUACAAGAAGCAGGCGAUAAAAUCAAAUCGUUGAGCAUAGAUUAAUAUGGAAGUUAUUCAUGGUUACCGCGUAAAAGUUUAUUAAACUACUUUACUCUAUCUAUUACUUUUAGAAUUCGUUUGAAAGUGAGCUUUGAGCUUAAAGAAAAACUAAUUGUGAUAUUAUGCAAUUUAUCAAAUGAAACUACAAUAUUUGAAUUAGGUGGAAUUAUUACCGGGCAUGGGGAGUUAUUAAGCUACAUUGGACAAUACAUUAGUACAAAUUAUUUACAUUUGUAACAGAAAAAAUAA